UCGAAGUCAGAGAACCUCACUGACCUUCCAGCUGCUCUCUUUUGAUCUGGGUGAGUUCCACAGUACGUUUCCAGUUGAACUCGGGAGUACUCUGUUCGAGUUCUAGGGAAGCAGGUGUAAACACUCACUGCAUCGCCCACGCUCACAGACGACAGAAGAUGUCGAUCCGUCGCUGUGCUUUGGUGUGUCUGAGUGCCCUUUUGGUUCUUUCAUCGACAGCAAGUGCCGCAGAAAACGGGUUUGAAUAUGGGUCUGGGCUGCGAGGGCCAGCAGAAUGGGGCGGAUUCUGCGCCAACGGGACCAAGCAAUCUCCGAUAGAUGUUGUCAUCGCUGACACAGUUCUGGACAAGUCUCUCGAAGAUCGCUUGGAUACUGAAUAUGGAAAAUGUACGUACGCCGUGAUCAUCAACGACAAAUCGGCUCACCAUCUGGAUGUUGAAGGAGAUGGAUCUUUUGGCAAUCUCACUCUGAACGGUGUCAAGUACGAGUUGGUGAAGUUUCAUUUCCACUCGCCAAGCGAGCACACCAUCGAUGGCGUCAGCUUUGACCUCGAAGUGCAUCUGUUUCACAAAAGCGCAGAUGGCAAGUUCGCUGUCAUUGCCAUAUUCUUCAACGAAAGUCAUGACGACGAUGCUGAGAGUCCUUUCCUUAAGCAGGUGUUUUCUUGGUUGCCGAACAUCACACAACCUGAUACAAAUGUAACCACCAUGGCACCCAUCACACUCGAAUCACUGCCUCUGCAGGGGUCGUAUGUUCAGUAUUCUGGAUCUCUCACCACACCACCUUGCACUGAGGGCGUUUCUUGGGUCGUCAUGGUUAACGAGACACAAAAAAUGUCCUGUCCGCAGUUCGGCGCAUACCAAAAAGUUUUCCCGGAAGCGAACAACAGGCCCGUUCAGAAUACAAGGUGCCGGAGUGUCACUCGUUUCGAGCAAGCUUAAUUAGAAGAUAGUUAAAGGUAGUAUGCAGAAAAUUUCUCUGCCAUUUGUACACUAGAAAAUUCUCGCGUUGUUGAAAACCGUAGAAGGUUUGGCUUACCUUGAGCUUGUCUUCUGAGGAGUAAUAAUGUGAGCGUAUUUUGAUAUGCCAUCAUAAUCGCUGGCCUGCGGAAGGGAGCCAGAAUUUUAGAUGAGUCUUUUGGAAAUUCGGUACAGCAGUACAAUCUCUGCACGAGCUGCAAUUGAGUAGAGAGCUGCAAUUGAGUAGAUAGCGAGGCACUUCCUUCGAGUGCCGCAAGCGUUCUCUGUUGUCUCUGCCUGACAAGUCGUCAAUCAUGUAAAGUGAAAUAAAAGUUGAAGGAGAUCUGAGGAUUUUGUACUCCACG